CAUUGUUUGUCAAAUGCAGCUAUACAAAGAUUCUGCUUCACUCAGACGGUCAAGGACGGAUUCCUUUGAAAUAUAUCAAUCGGAUGAUGGUUACCAGACAAGCAGCUGCUACUUACAUCACCCAGUUUCUGACCGGCUUCAACAUCGUCAUGGCACCAGAGGAGAAAGGGGCGGAAAAGUACGUGAAGGUGGAGAGCUUUACGUGGGAUGUGUUCAUACGAGUGGUCGACCAUCUUCUCAACAACAGAACUAGUGACCUGGACCUUAUCAUCCCUUCAGUGAGCACGAAAAAGGUGUCGUUGAUUCAGAAAGUGAAGAUCGAUCUGGGAGACUUCCAGCGAUUUCUCAACAACGAACAACGGGACCCGAGACUGAAUGAAAUUCUUCAUCCCCCAGUGUCUAAAGGACAGGCCCGAGAACUGAUGGAGAGAUUAGAGGGCGGGAAAGUUCUGACAGCGCGAGGUCUUCUUGACUACCUGAUGAGUGAAGAGAACAACGUGCUGGAUCUGGCCUCGUUGGACCAGUACAUGGACAUGAAUAAGCCACUCAAUCACUACUUUGUCAACUCUUCGCACAACACCUACCUCAAUGGCCAUCAGCUACGAUCCCAGAGUCUCAGCGAGAUGUACAUACAGACGCUCCUCAAGGGUUGUCGAUGUCUCGAGCUGGACUGCUGGCCAACUGGCGGAGGUGAUUCCGAAGACAUCACCAUCACACACGGAGGAACUCUCUGCACUAAAGUACCCUUCAAGGAGUGUGUCGAAGCGAUCAAUGAGUUUGCGUUUGUAAGGAGUGAGUAUCCCGUGAUAUUGUCCAUUGAGAACCACUGCAAGUCCAGAGCCACUCUCAUUCAGAAGAUGGCCAACAUCUUUACCAACACAUUUGGGGAUAAGCUGAUGAAAGAGCCGUUUGACGACAUGCCGCUGGAGCCUGGGGUACCACUACCCUCCAUUGAAAGGCUGAAGGGGAAAAUCUUCCUCAAAGACAAAGUCAAGAGAAAGAAAGACAUUGCUGAGGGAGGAGGGACUCUCCCUCGAAACACCCACGGAAUGACGGCUGCAGCAGAAUCUGUGGACCAAACAGCGAAUGGAGAUAGUAGUAAGACGGAGGAGCCGGGAGGGGGAGGGGGAGGGGCUGAGGGAGGCAAAGAAGGAACACCCGCUGCUGUCGAUAAACCAGGGGGAGAGGAAGAGAAGAAGGAGGAGGGGGGAGAGAAGGAGGGAGGUGAGGGAGGGAAGAAGGAAGAAGGGAAGGUCGAGGCCGAUGGAGAUACUUUUUGCGAAGAAGAUAAGAAGAGACAACUGCGGAAAGGAUCCAUCGAGCCUUCUGAAGCAGUGAGUAGACAACUGCGGAAAGGAUCCAUCGAGCCUUCUGAAGCAUACAAGGACAGGAGGAAGUUAUCGGAGCUGGACAUCGGGACCACGCCCACCUGUGUCGCGUCUCCCGGCAACACUCUCAGGAGAGGGGAAACUAUGACGGGCGAGGGCGACAUGCCUGUGCGGUGGCACUGAGACUGAGGCAAUGGUCAGUGGUCCGCUGAAGGAGCUACUCAACUACACGACUGGGAUCACCUUCGAGGGAUUCGCUGCCGCUGAGAAACUAAACUGUAGUUUCUACAUGAGUUCGUUUGUGGAGGACAAAGGUCAGAACUUCAUCAAAACCCAGGCCAGGGAUUUCGUGAAGUACACGCAGCGACAAAACAGCAGAAUCUACCCAAAUGGCAGCAGAAUUAACUCCAGUAACUAUAUGCCUCAGAUUUUCUGGAACGUAGGAUGUCAAAUGGUGGCACUCAACUAUCAGACUUCAGAUUUGCCAGUGCAACUGAAUCAAGCAAAAUAUGAAUUCAACGGAGGAACCGGGUUCAUCCAAAAGCCGUGGGUCAUGAUGAGAGAGGGGGGCGGGGCCGGGAUUUUUAACCCCUUCACUCAGAGUAAACUGGAGGACGUGGUCCCAGCAAGACUCUCUAUAAAGAUAAUCAGUGGGUCGUUUCUGACUGACAAACGGACCAACUGUAUAGUCGAGGCAGAGAUGUAUGGUCUGCCGGCCGAUACUGUUAGACACAAGUACACCAAGAAGGCUGCCGCGCCACAUCCCUUCUGGAAUGAACCUCCUUUCACCUUCAAGAGGAUCCUUCUUCCUGAGCUAGCAAUCCUGCGAAUCGCAGUGUUCGACGACGAUCGUGAGCUAGUGGGUCAGCGAUGUCUCCCAGUGAGCCACAUCAGACCCGGCUUCCGAUACAUCCCGCUGAGAGACAAGCACAACCAGCCACUGCCCAUGGCCAUGCUGUUUGUCAAUAUCAAGGUUGAAGAUUGGGUGCCAAACGAAAUGGAAGACGUGGUGGCCAUGUUGAUGGAUCCUAUCAGUUUCGCAACCAAAGCCCUCGAAGAACUAGCCAAAGGAGAUGACCUCGAUGAUCUUGGGGAGGAGGGAACGGAGGUAGAUAACCCCGGGACAGACGGAGUACCCCAAACUACCCUGAAGCCCUCCGGAAGAACUGACCCCGACCAACGACGACGACCAAGAAGACCGAGUCUUCUCCCUCGCCCCCCUCGAACCUGCAGCCCCCUUCAAACCAGGGGGCCACCACGACCCCCUCGAUUCCCUCGGUACCUUCUUCGGCGAACAUGUCGGAUUUCCCGGACACGCUACCGAGUUUCGACAGAGCGCGUGAGAGGCCGCCCCCCGAGUCUGUCUCGUUCGACUCGAAGGCCGUCACGGAACAGAAGGAGUUCAUGAAGGUAGUUCGUCGACAGGCAAGCAGAGGAAGGGGCUCGUUCAGGGACACGACAAGUCGAUGAAGUCCCUUCAGUCAAGACUCCAGAAGACCAAGUCAAUGGACCUCCAAUCUCCAAAUGAAGUCGACUCCAUGAAAGCCCAGCAGAAAGGCGAAGUCUUUACAUUUGACCACACCUCACUCGUGAGCGCCACAAGGUCCACAGAGCCUGCCUCGAGGCUGCUCAGGCAGUCCAGAUGAAUGGGCUGGAAAAACUGCACAAGAGUGACCAUGACGCUAUGCACAAGGACCUGGCGGCUCUGAUAAAGAAGCAUUCCAAGAGUGUUCAAACUGCUGACAAGAAGAACCGAGACGUUACAAAGGGUGAUCUGGAAGAACGGGCCAUAAUUCGCGGAAGACCCGACGCGAGGAGAGUUUGCAAGGCUCCAUGAUGCAGAGAAGACGAAGCUGACGGAGAGCCACGAGGCUGAGAGAAAGAGAUUACUAGAUGCUCAGGCCAAGGACAUUUCUGAUUUGGAAGUCAUUGCUGAAAGCGAAGAACCUUCCCCUUCAUCUCAUCUCUAAUUAUUAUGUCAUUAUGACAUCACUCGGAUGACAUCAUAGCAUUACAGUAGCUAUUAAUAAUUUAACUCAUCUUUUAUUCCCAAAGAAUUAUUAUUAUAGUUGGUGCUGAUAAUAGUCAUUAUGUCAUAAGAGUAAUGUGUAUUGUAGAUGAUUUUUAUAUUUGACAUGUGCAGCAAUUGAGUUAACUCCGAAAUUGAAAUGGUGG